UUUUUUAAUCCCCAAAUUUCUCUCUCAUUGCUGUUGUGUGAAAUUUGAUUCAAUGCUUCGUCAACGAUAUUACUUGAGGAUUUCAACCUGAGCUCGUUUACGAUCAAUAAAACUUUGCUCUGAUCGUGUACUAGGAGAAUUUUCAAAAUUUCUAUGUCAAGAGAACGAAUUCUUACACAAAGGUAGCGAAUUGCAGAUGGGAGAUCAAGGAUUUGCAUAUACAUUGGAUGAAGCACUUACUACAAUUGGGUUUGGGAACUUCCAAGUUAUUAUCCUUGCAUAUGCUGGACUCGGUUGGGUAGCAGAAGCAAUGGAGAUGAUGCUUCUGUCCUUUGUAGGGCCAGCCAUUCAGCCUGAGUGGGGACUCUCUUCAAGUGAAGAGAGUUUGAUAUCAACGGUAGCUUUUGCCGGAAUGCUGGUCGGGGCAUACUCAUGGGGUGUUGUGUCAGAUUCUUAUGGAAGAAAGAAGGGAUUCCUUGGUGCAGCUAUAGUAACAAGCGGAGCCGGGCUUUUAAGUGCUUUCGCACCAAAUUAUAUAUCAUUGUUGAUUCUUCGUUGCUUUGUUGGUGUUGGUCUAGGCUGUGGGCAUGUGUUUACAUCAUGGUUUCUAGAGUUUGUUCCUACUCCAAACAGAGGGGCUUGGAUGGUUGUUUUUUCAGUUUUCUGGACAGUUGGAACAAUUAUUGAGGCUUCACUUGCUUGGUGGAUCAUGCCUACCUAUGGUUGGAGGUGGCUACUUGGACUAUCUGCAGUUCCAUCACUUGUGGCACUACUGUUUUAUGGUCUUGUGUCAGAAUCUCCAAGAUACCUUUGUACACAAGGGAGAUUAACCGAGGCACGCUAUAUUCUGGAAAAGGGAGCUGACUUCAACCAUAAAGAACUCCCUGUAGGCCUACUUGUUUCUGAUCAGAUAAAGGAUAUGGCCAGCAAUGGUCAGUCAUCAGAAACUACCGAGCUACUCUCCUCAAUGAGAACCAAUGAUUCUUCCCGAAGAAGCACUUCAUCCAUACUCAUGCUUUUAUCACCAAAGUUGAUCAGAACAACGUUUCUCUUAUGGUUUUUGUACUUUGCCAACACAUUUUCAUAUUAUGGGAUUAUACUGUUGACUUCACAAUUAAGCACCGGGCAAAGUGAAUGUGACCCACCCACUUUGCAGUUGGAAAAUAUAAAGGAUCCUAGCCUCUAUAUAAAUGUAUUCAUCACUAGCUUGGCAGAGCUUCCUGGGCUUGGUAUAGCAGCUUUGAUAUUGGACAGAUUGGGUCGUAAGAUUUCGAUGGAGAUUAUGAUCGUUGCAGGAUUCAUUCUAUUACUACCACUGGUUGUGCAUCAGAACCCAAUAAUGACCACGGGCUUUCUAUUUGGAGCUCGUAUGUUCAUUUCAGCAAGCUUCAUCGUUGUCUGUAUCUACGCCCCAGAGGUGUAUCCAACAAACUUAAGAACAAGAGGAGUUGGAAUAGCAACAGCAAUAGGCAGAAUAGGAGGUAUGGUAUGCCCUCUGAUAGCAGUUGGGAUGGGUAGUGGUUGCCACCAAACACUUCCAGUAAUUCUGUUUGAGGUUACAAUACUUGUAUCAGGAAUAAGUGUUGUGCUGCUUCCAUUUGAGACCAAGGGGAAAGAAUUAGCAGACAAUAUAGAUUUACCUGUUCAACAUGUAUUACAGGUUCAAUGAAUGUCUUUGUAUCAAUCAAAGUUAAUUUACAUGCAAUAAUAAAUUUUAAAUAAAAUGAAUUUCACCGUC